UGGAGUCGCGGAGGAAGUGAAGUGUCAAUGCGAGUCUCUGCAAUGCAGACGGGACGGCGGACUGCUGCCUCGCCGGAAAAAGCAGCGCACACACGCCGCGCUUCAGCCGUAAUCUGACCGAAGCGAGUCCGUCGCAGAGAUACAAUUACGAAGGUGAAACCGAAUCAAGGAUGAAACUGAAAGAGGUUUUAGGGUCGGAGCUCUCGAGGGCUGACGUCAUGCCGAAGAAUGUUCCGGAAGGGGAAGAAGCGUCACAGCAGCAGCAGCUCCCAGAGCAGUGAGAUCAGCACGAAGAGCAAGUCCGUGGAGUCCAGCCUGGGCGGGCUGUCUCGAUCCAGCACAGUCGCCAGCCUUGACACCGAUUCCACCAAAAGCUCGGGUAACAGCACCUCAGAUUCCUGUGUGGAGUUCCGGGUUAAGUAUGUGGGGGUGAUUGAGAAUCUGCGGUUUGAUAUGUACAAGACCCUCCUGGAUCCGUUGGACCUGAUAAGCUACAUCGACGCCGCCCAGCAAGACGGAAAGCUGCCAUUUGUGCCUGGAGAUGAAGAGUUGGUCCUGGUCGUCUCUAGACAUGGUGUGAAGGUGACCUCUAUGAAUCAGAGUGAUGUGCUGCAUCGCCACCCCCUGUACCUCAUCGUCCGCAUGCUGUGUUACGACGACGGGCUGGGCGCCGGGAAAAACCUCCUGGCGCUGAAGACCACCGAUGCAGGGCAACUGGAGUGCAGCAUCUGGGUCUAUCAGUGCAGCACCGCGGAGCAUGCACAGGCGAUCUGCAAGGUACUGUCAGCCUCCUUCGACUCUGCCCUGGUGUCAGAGAAGGCUUGAGGGACCCGUUACCUGGCCGGUGACGUCGCCGGCAGCCGUCACUGUUGUUUACUGGCAUGUUUUGCACUAAUAUCUUUCCCUCACAAAGCAUGCAGACAUCGCUGCCUAUACAGACCAUUUGUCUGAUAUAAUUUAAUCGAGGUACAAAAAAAAAAAAGAAAAAAAAGUGCUUUGGCAUUAACCAGCCAAUA